AUGGCAAAUGUUGGACGUGUCGGGCCUAUGCCCGUUCAAGCGGCGCCUCCAGCUCGUCGCAGAGGUAAUGCUCGUGCUCCUGUUCCUGUCGCCGAGGACGUCGUGCCAGCCGCCGUCCAAGCUGCGCCUCCAGCUCGUCGCGGAGCCGCUCUUCCAGCUCGUCACAGAGGCGGCGCUCGAGCUCUCGCGCGUGUCGCCGAGGACGUCGCUCCACCCGCCGUCCAAGCGGAGCUUCCAGCUCGUCGUGGUGCUGCUCCUCCAGCUCGUCGUGGAGCCGCUCUUUCAGCUCGUUGCAGAGGCGGCGCGGGAGCUCCCGCGCGUGUCGCCGAGGACGUCGCACCAGCCGCCACCCAAGAGGCGCCUCCAGCUCGUGGCAGAGGUGGCGCCCGAGCCCCUGUUCUUGAUGACGAGUUCGUCGCGCCGGUCGCCCUUCAAGUGGCGCCCCCAGUUGCCGAGUUUGCUGCGCCCCAGCUUUCGCCUAUUCACCGAGGAGCGUCAAAUGUUCCACAUCGAGUAGCUGUCGACAACAGAGGGGUAGCCGUUCGCACUUACUCCGAUGAGUAUGAUAUUUCUGAUUCAGAGGGAACUUCAGCUCAGGUAUGUGAAUUUGAUGGCGAGGAAGCAGAGUUUGAACCAGACGAGGAGUCCGAAAGAAUCGACGGGGCUCUCAACGUUCAAGAUCGUCAAGAUUAUCGUCAAGAUUUUAGAUAUAAUGCCGCGAGCAAUAUUUUCAAUUCGAAUAUUUUUGAUAAUUUUGCGGGUCCACGUAAUAGCACCGAGUUGCAAGUAGAUUCUGGGCGAAAUAGCGGAGUAAUUGAUGUAUCAAAUACCGAUCCGAUCAAUCGCUUAGCUGAUUUUUAUCGCGUACGAUCGAUAAUAAUUCCGCGGUUGUAA